CCUGAGAACUUCCCGUGCAUAGACUUCUCUCAAGCUUGUCAUGACCAGCACAAGGGGGGCCGGUUACAAUUACUCGUCAAGUACUUUGCUGUACAAUCAUUGAGUCCUAUUCUGAGCGAGCAAGGCAUUUCAAGCCUCACCCUCCCUUUCUCACGCAGAAGCUGGCCAUGCUCUGUUCAGCUACUUAAGUUACGUGACCUAGGGUCUCGCUCUUACUCUCAGCUCGCUUUUUCGUUGAGUUUUUUUCGCCCCCCUUCUCUUCCAACGCUAGUUCAUUGUGAUGCUGACCUUCUUCAAGUCCGCUGGUGUUCGCGUUUCGGCCUCGACCGCUGCAGAGCCAGCCAAGGUCGAGCAGGCAGAUGAAGCCGCCCUCGCAGUUCCGGUGCCAGAUACAUCUGAAUCUGCAGCCGCAGAAGUUGCUUCUGUCCAUUCAGCAAACUCUUCCUCUUCCUUGAGUUCAUCCUCCCACACAGAUGCCUAUGGAGCACCCUCGGGUCAUGCUACUCCUCAAGCAGCCAGUGGGUCGCUCACGCCCGUGCACCCCAAGUCUGCGCCCUUGCCACAGUCAUCUGUGCAGUCGCUUUUAGUGCCUCCUAGUCCUGGGCAAGGUACUACCGCUGAAUCCACGAGCAACUCCACUCCGGAGGUGCUAGGCGCGAGCCCUUACCCCAACGCUAAGACCGGGAAGGAUCCUGUCCGUUUCUCCUUCCGUUCAUUUUCCUUCUUGCGCUCCGAGUCAAAACUUACUCAGCCGGAGCGCAAGCCUUCCCACCACUCCGAACCUAUUCACACACAGCCCCCCGUGCUAUCCAAGGUGCAUGAAAAGGAGAAGAAAUCACGUGCGAGCAAGGCAUUCACGGUUCGCGCGCUGCAGUCCAAGACUUCUGAUAAGCGUGCCAGGGACACCGCGGCGCUGGUUCGUUCCGUCAUUGUGGGGGACCAUGAGAUAGCCCUGGAUAGCAGAGUAAAGAAGUCGAAACCACUCACUAAAUCUGACCUCGCGCGUGUCAAAGCGCAGCUACUCGACCCCAAAUCCGCCAGCAAAGUCAUUGGCCAUCUGCACGCAAUGUCUGCAUCACUAUCAGAUUCAGGCACUGCUAAUACUGGGCCAAUCCGUGCAGUGUGUCUUGACUCAACCGACAAGGAAGCCCACGAGCAGUACUUUGUACAGUUUGGCUCGGUUGCUACUGCAUCAGUGACUGCAUUAUCUGAAGCGUUGGCUGAUGUGCAUCUCGUUGACCUUCUCGCCGCCCCUGACAUGGGUUUCGGCGCACCAGCAUCAUCCCCGGGACUUUUGGCAGGUGCCGUUCCCAGUGCAGAAACUAUCAUUGAUGGCCUCCAGCAAAUAACACCGCAGUUGCUUGCGCUUGGUUAUGCGACGAGCAAGGCGAUUUUGCCGGAUCACAAGGGCGUCAUUGUGCCUACAGAUCGUCUCUCUGUUCUCACAUACUGGUGGGGUUUUGAAGUCUGCAUGCCGCCACCCACACUUGAGCACAUCGCUGCAGCAGCCUCUCCAGGCACUGCUUUGCUCAAUUUGCUAACCGCAUUAUCACUGGUCAGUCCUGGAGUCCGCGAAGUGCUGCCGUUCAUUCGCUAUGUGGCUCAAUUCGUGCAAACUGAGUGGCGCAUGAUCAAGGCAGCCGAUAAGGGUAAGGGUGUGGUCUGCUGUGCUACCUGGAUCAUGCCAGCAGCGAUGAUUGCUCGUCCAUGGGAUUUCCCUGACCCGCCUCCUGCCACCAUUGUAGUUGGCCCUGGGGCAAACCUUGCACCCACCGCAUCGAGGCCCGCUACAGUCGUUGCUACGCCCAAGCCUUCCGUUGAUGCGCCGCGUGCUUCGUCUGCUUACUCCAGCGAAACUGGCGAGGAAGGGGCACGACACGUGAUAUCAAGCGACCCUCCCGUUCUUCCAGAGCUGGUAGUAAGUUCUCCUGCGUCGCAUGAAGGCAAACCUUCCAUCGACCUUGAAAUCCAUAAACCCUCUGCGGAUGUUCCCAGGGAUGCCGAUCCCUUUUCUCUGUAGUCGACUUUGCUAUCUUUCUCGUCACGAUCCAUUUGACCUACUGUCUCGCUUGCCGGUCACCUUUUGUUGUUCGAUACCCACUUGCCGUUUUGUUUUCGAUUGCAACAUACCCUGAUAAUCGUCUGGACUUACAUACCCUCCUACACCACACUCGUUAGCUACAUAUUUGUCAUUCGUUUUCUCAUCACUACUACAGGGCUUAUCUUACCAUCCCUGCAAUUUAUGCAAAGUAAUUCCUCAGCCUAGGUUGGAAGCUAUUAUUU